GCGUCGUGACACUGGCAGCUAGCCUAGCCGGCUAACUUUGCUAAUCUGAUUUAUCGUCUCAGUUAAGCGCCCGUAACGUUAGCCAGGAUUACUAAAUUUGGUUUUACAUAUCUCGCCGUUUAACGCAAUAAUAUCUACCAUCGAAUAUCCAAUUGCUGCAAGAAAUGGCAUCGCUUGGAGAGCCUGUGCGGCUGGAAAGAGACAUCAACCGUGCCAUUGAACUACUGGAUAAGCUUCAGAGGACAGGGGAGGUGCCCCCCCAGAAGCUGCAGGCACUGCAGAGGGUCUUACAGAGUGAAUUCUGUAACGCUGUCAGAGAAGUUUAUGAACAUGUGUAUGAAACUGUGGACAUCAACAGCAGCCCUGAAGUCCGGGCCAAUGCCACAGCCAAGGCUACGGUGGCAGCUUUUGCAGCAAGUGAGGGACACUCGCAUCCACGUGUGGUGGAACUUCCCAAGACGGAAGAAGGCCUGGGCUUCAACAUAAUGGGCGGGAAGGAGCAAAACUCCCCGAUUUACAUCUCACGGAUCAUCCCAGGAGGCAUCGCCGACCGACACGGGGGCCAAAGAGGCGACCAGCUCCUGUCUGUCAACGGAGUGAGUGUUGAAGGCGAGCACCACGAGAAAGCGGUGGAGCUCCUCAAAGCAGCUCAGGGCACGGUGAAGCUGGUAGUAAGGUACACCCCCAAAGUCCUGGAGGAGAUGGAGUCACGCUUUGAGAAAAUGAGGUCGGCGAAGCGCCGGCAACAGAACAACUAUCCUCAGUAGGAUUCGGCGGCGCCGAUGCCCAGCUCCCAUGUCUCUCUCUCUCUCUCUCUCUCUCUCUCUCUCUCUCUCUCACUCUCUCCUCCUUGAGCCUUCUGGCCAUCUGUUCUGGUCUCUUUUCUUAUCUCCCUGCUCACAAAAAUACACAAGUCUAGUUUUGAGUUCCUCCUCACACACUCUGCAUGUU